UACGUCGCGAGACCAACUGUUGGAUUCCGCAAAUGGGUAAACUCGGGAGAUUCGGAAGUCACAUGACCCUUUGAGAUCCGGACGGAUCAAAAGGUAGAAAGAACACUUGUGUCAAAAUAUCUUACGAAAAAGUACUCUGCGCAUUGUGCCCGUUAAGCAACUUCCAAGUCGACAGAAGGCUAUGUUAUAUUUCUGAGGAAGACCUUCCCUAUUCAUUAAUACAACAUAUCAAGAACUACAGAGACGGAGAGAUUUCUACUCAAUGGUACGUAUAAUCUAUAUCAUGCGUUAGGCUUGCGGAAAGUGUCAGGAUCUUGUAUAAAUGGACUCUUGCUCUACUUUGAGGCUUCAUGGCGGCUCUCACAACAAUCUGCUGAUAAAUAAAGAUGCGACCUGGCUUUGAAUCUAGCCUUGGUCAUUUAUUCUAGAUUUGGCUCAAUUUUCCUUUUCUACCCCGCGAGACAACCUUUUUGGAUUAUAUUCGGCCUAUGUUCACUGCAAACAUAACAUGUUCAUCGCUUUGCCUUUCGGAGAUGCCAUCAACAAGGAAAAUGAGAUUCCGAUACAUCCAACCGCGGAGCCAAUUACAUUAGUACCCUGAUUUCUCGGAAGCAUACAGGCAGGUUUCAAAAAAUAAGAGAAAUGAAAUAACAGCACAUAUUCUAAUUCGAAUGCUAUUGCGCACUUGACAGAUCAUUUACGGCGCAUAUAAAUGCUAUGCAUUCCCCACACCACCUUCCCCAAACUUCAAUUUAUUAAGGACCUCUCCUGGAGCACGCAUGAGUUCAAACUGGUCACCAUGAGAUGCCAGACGCGGCAAUUAUGAGAAUAUUUAUAUUCAACUUGGUCAUCAUUUUACGAUCGAAGGAGUCAAUCCAGACUGCCUUUGUUGGGUUGACUAAAGGCACAUCAUCUGAACUUAGGCUUCACCUAGAACUUGUGAAGUAUUGGAGAAUUUCCUUCGGUCUCUGCCUAGUGGACGAGCCUCCUCACGAAACAUGACUAGCUAGAGGAUUAGGUGCAUACAGACUGUAAUCAUUGGAAAUAAGGUAGGUGUUCUUAAACUCAUCGCCUUAUUUCCAUACAUCAGCGAAUAACGAACCUAGACCGACGAGUUAAGAGCUGCAAGAUCUUACCUAUGCGGUAACUACCGGCAUUAUAUGAAAUAUUAAAUGGAAACUCCAAGCAAGUGGAUUUCUGAGUAUGAUUCUGAUUUUGGCAACUCGAAUCGGUGUUUACGACCCUAAAUGGAUAUACAGGACGCCCUGAAGGCACUUGCAAGCGAAGAAUAAAUUGCCUUGGAGUCUGCAACAUGCUGUUGUUAUCAACGAUAUUUAAUCUCGUUACAUCAAAUUUAUUUAAUGUGAACUUUGAACAAACAUAUCUGAAUAUUAGAGGGACUGAGUAGUCUCCUGUUUGUACGAUAAUGGGGGGAGAAGUCUGGAUGCCAAGCCCCACAACGCGCGUUUUGCCCCACUUUCCACAUCACUUAGAGGGGGUUUCGCGUCAAUUGUUCUAUGCGGCAUGGUAGACGUUAUUGUAUGGCUUAGUUACUCUCUCACCCUGUCUUCUUCCGUCCAAUGAGGUUUUUUAAGUUACGAAUAUAUCUUCAGAAGUCAGUACCCUCGAUAUAAGUCACUGUGAUUUCCAGCUAUUUAUUGAGAUGCCAAGAACGAUGGGACGAGGUACUUGCAUGAAACCAUGCUUGAAAGACGUUUUUCAGCAUGUAUUCCCACCGUCCAUUUCAUGAUGAAGGCGACGGUGACAUCUGUGUGGAUCUUUUGGAGCAUCAUUUCGUCCUCUCUACCACUUGCAAGAAGGAAGUGGCCUUUGAAAUUGGCAACGGGUACGUAGAACUUAAUUUAAUCCAUCUGGAAUCCUUGAUUUAAAAUGACUGCCGGCUCAAGGUUUUUCGUAAGCUUCUUUCACAGUUGUCCAGGAGUCUGUGAAGGGGUUGCAUGGAUAACAGGAGGUACGAGGAGAAUGAAGAUAUAUAAAUAUGGUGAUUUUUACUUGAAAAUGCUCUUUUCUCCUCAUCAUCACCAGUAUCAUCAUUCUACCUUACCUCAACGACUUUUCCAAUCUUUCCAACAAGCAAACACUCUUCAUUUGCAAUAAUGCAAUUUUCAGCAGCUGCUAUUUCAGCCAUCUUGGCUAUUUCUGUUACGGCUCAUCCUGGUCAUGAUGUUAAACAAGACAUCGCUGAGAGAGCGUCUUUCAUAUCUCAACUUAAGACGCGUGAUCUUAGCCACUGCUCUGCAGAGUUGAAAGCUAGAGGUCUUGAGCAGGCAGCUGUCGCAAGACGCUCCGCUAUUGCCAAGAAUGAGAGGAAUAAAAGAGGCAUUAGUUCUGGUAGGCUCUAACUUUCGUGCCAUCGCUUCUACAUUUUGGUAGAGGACUUGACUGAUCUUAUAAACAGGACAGCCUUACUUGAAAGUAAGAGAUGAGGCCACAGUUCUAAACACUACACAUUUGUCCACUGAGGAUUAUAAUGCUUCAACCGAUGAGUCUAUCGUCUUCGCAGGAAACAAUUCCUGUAUUCUCAGUCCAGAAGUUACGCAGGGUCCUUAUUGUAAGUUUAGAUUUGCUCCCCAUCCAUCAAAAUCAAGGCAGGGUCUAAUAUGUCAAUUCAGAUGUCUCUGGUGAAUAUGUCCGAACAGAAAUUGUCGAAGAUCAACAGGGAAUUGAUCUCAUCCUCGACACCCAAGUAAUUGACAUGUCUACUUGCGAUCCUGUCACCAACGCAGUUGUCGAGAUCUGGCACUGUAACUCUACUGGUGUAUACAGUGGUAUUGUCGCAUCAACAAACGGCAACUCAGCCGAUACCGCCAACAUAAACUCUACCUUCCUCCGCGGUCUUCAAGCAACCGACGCUGAAGGCGUUGCUCAAUUCAAAACUCUCUUUCCAGGCCACUACACCUCUCGCUCAAAUCACAUUCACGUCCUCGUCCACUUCAAUGGAACUACCUAUGCUAAUGGUACCUAUGGUGGCGGUGUCAUCUCCCAUGUUGGACAAAUGUUCUUUGAUCAAGAUCUCAUCACUCAAGUCGAGGCUAUUUCCCCAUACAACACCAAUAGGCAACCAGUAACUUUGAACUCUGCCGAUGGCGUUUUGGCCGAUGAGGCUGCGUCUUCUGAUCCUAUGAUUGAAUACUCUCUCUUGGGUGAGACUGUUGCUGAUGGUAUUUUUGGAUGGUUGGCUUUCGGUGUUGAUGUUUCUAAGUCUUAUAAUGUCAAGCCUGCUGCUAGUUUAUAUUCCAGUGGUGGUGUAGAGAACUAGAAGAACGGCACUACUUUUGACACCUGGUAAAAUUGAGAAAAGAGAAAAGUGGCUUUUAGCGAUGAGUUAUUCUUAUCUUAGUGGUUUCGUCAGUAUAAAAACUGGCGAUUUUUCCACAAUUAUUUAGAAAAUGAACGGAAAUUACAUUCGUGCCAAACGUCCUAUUCCCACCAAACGAUUUUAAUAGGUCCUUGCUUCGAUUUAUGAUUAUAUUAU